GGUGACGGCUCGGCAAAAGUUCGGAGACAAUCGACGCGCCGCGUUCGUGUUUGCUCCGUCAUCUCUCCUCAUCUUCCACUCUCGACAUCAUCUUCGAGACAUCUCAUCUUUCGGCAUUUCACUUUGCGCUUCCGUAUCACCUCUGUUCCCGCCGUCCUAGCCACUCGUCUUGCCAUUCCUGUGUACUCAUAGGACUCUCCAGGUCAUUCGUUGACCUUGGAUUGGGCGCGCACUUGUGACCAGGCUGCUGAGAUCAGAACGUGUUCUGCAGCGUAAAUUUGCCUUCAUUUCAACCACGUCUAUCAUUCAUACUUGUCGCUGUAUGAGUCAGGGCUGCUCAAAGUCGACACAAAGCCCGGGUGGGAGGGUCACUCGAUAAUAUCGAGGGCAUUCGUCUAAACCUAGCCCUAUGAGGCAGGCCACUAACAAAAUGUCAACAACUUCACCGACGUCGGAUCUUUCGUGGGUUUUUGAGAAGGCGGUCCUUGCGCAUGCGCCUGAGUUCGAUGUGGCGUGCGUUGCCCGCCUUCGCAUAUCCCAUGAUCAGCACGAUGAGCAAGGAUCCAUAUCCAUUCGAGUCAAUGCAAAGCUCGUUGAAUCAAAGCAGAGUCUGAUGCUCAACAUCCGUCCUGAGAUGGUUGACACGUGUACAGUAGUCGCUACAAGCAAUGACAAGCUCAUACCAGAUCGCAUGUUCUCGAUGGUCCCCGUAUCUGUGACCAAUUCAGCUGCUGUAUCGACACUUGUUUUAUCACUCAAUACUACUGGCAUCGUUAUACUUCCACCAUCAGUCGCAGACACAAUAUUAAGCCCCGCAAGUCCCGAUGAUGCCAAUUUUAAGGGUUUCGCAAAGAUCUGCCAGAGCACAAUCAUACACUUGCACCUAUCGAAGCAACAACUGAAGGAUUCUGAACUCCAUCAUCUCCGCACCUUUUCUGGCGCACUACGUACUCGCGUACUCAAAGCACAACCUUUUGACUACAAACGGCUCAAUGCAGGACACGGCGCGAUAGAAAGGGAUUGGCGGGUCUUCGAGCAGUUGUUAGAUCCGCCGCCAUACUGUGGGUCCGCCAGAAGUGUGCUUGGGAAACGUGCUCGAGACUGUUCACCAACUGAAGGAUCCCUCCCAGCAUCAUUAAUCUCGGGCUCUCCGCCACCUCCGCCCUGGUCUCCUACAGAAGUCAACACCCCUACUACCUGCUCCCCGUCGCCUUCGCAUGUCUCACGAACCAAAUUUACAAAUGAUGAUACGCAGAGUUAUAAACAACGCCUUCAGGUCUUGGAGUUACAGCGGCAGCUAAUAGGUCUCCCUGACGAACUGGUGCGUGAAGCACUAGCAGAAUCAGGACAUGAACAUCUGCUCGCUCCGGUAACUCCAGCAGUCAAAAUAAAGUCAUUAAAGGCCACAAAGUCGUCCCAUAAUGAGCUGCGUGUAGCGAAAGCCUCCGCGGACAUAUCAGAGGCUGGCCUCACUGCAAGAGUUGAUACUAUCAUCGAACAGCGUCUGAGCAGAUUGACCAAGGACGCUUUCAAGACACAUACUCAGAGACGCCUUCACGCUCUAGUAGAGUCGCAAUUGCCAGUAGCUGCUGACUUGUUCCUAAAUGGUGCUGUCGCAGACUACCGCGACCAAUUCUACGAAGAAUGCCAGAUGAACGAAGCUAGCGUCCGCGAGCAAAUCGAUGAAGGUAUCACUGAAGUGCGCGACGUCACCAACGACUGCACUAAGGAGAUAUCAGAGCUAGCCCAGCAAUGCAUGGAUAGCUUAGAUGAGCAUAGUAAGGGACUUGAUGCUUCAGCCGAGCAGGGACUUGCGAAGCUUAAGCGCUGGUUCGCUGAGCUGGCGCAAUCAUUGUUGAACGACAAAAGGGUUGAUCUCAACCUCAAGCCAACAGUCCAAGCGAGACGAACAUCUGUGUAGAUAAUCAAGCAUCUAUGCAAUAAAAACCCACGCAAUUGCCACCAAAAGAAAAUUUCAAGGGCCUAUGUUCAGAAAUCAAGUGACUGGUCUCUUUCCUCGAGACAUAGUAUUGUCAAAUCCGUCGUGAGUGCAGAGUUCUUACGACAAAUACUGCUUGGGUAUCACAAUUUGUAAUCGUUCUUAGUUGGUCACAACUCGAUAGAUAAUCACGACAUUCAACAUUCCGCA